AUGAGUGCUUCCGAACAUACAGUGCUACGUGAGUUCUUGGACAAGAACUUGGCUCGAGGUUUCAUCCAACCAUCUACCACCCUUUCUUCGGCCCCCGCUUUCUUUGUGCGCAAGAAAACGGAGGCGGCGGGAGAACGUCGGGGUCGGCGCCCGCGAGGCGGGGAGGCUCGGCGGGCCGGAGAGGGGGGCGGGGAGGAUUCCGCGCAGGCGGCGGCGGGACCCCACACACCCGGCCCCACCCCCGCCGCCAACCGUGUCCCCUCGUCGCCUAGCAACUCCCAGGCGCCGGAAGGGGAGGGGCGCGGCUGCGCGGCGGACACCGCUUCCGCCUCCCGGCCCGGCAAGAUGGCGGCGGCGGCCUGCGAGGGAGAGCGGGCGGGGGCGGCGGCGGCGGCCGACUGGGUGCUGCCUUCAGAGGUGGAAGUUUUAGAAUCCAUCUACUUGGAUGAGCUACAGGUGUCUGAGGGAAAUGGCAGGACUACGCCCUGGGAAAUCUGCAUCACUCUGUAUCCAGCAACUGCUGAGGACCAGGACUCACAGUACGUCUGCUUCACUCUUGUGCUCGCUGUGCCUACUCAGUAUCCCAACGAAGUGCCAAAGAUAGACAUCCAGAAUCCUCGAGGGCUAUCAGAUGAGCAGAUCCAGAAGAUUUCUCAGACACUGCAACAUCUUGCUGAGGAACAUCUGGGUACACCUAUUCUCUAUGAGCUAAUAGAGAAGGGAAAGGAAAUCCUCACAGACAACAACAUCCCUCAUGGACAGUGUGUGAUUUGCCUGUAUGGCUUCCAGGAAAAUGAAGCUUUCAUUAAAACUCCAUGCUACCACUACUUCCACUCACAUUGCCUUGGCAGUUACGCAGCACAUAUGGAAGAGGAGAUCCGUGCACAGAGGAGGGAGAGAGAGCAGACCUUGACAUCUUUACCAAAAGAGGUAAUUGAAGUGCAGUGCCCUGUAUGCAGGAAGCCUCUGGUGUAUGAUCUUGCAACACUACAAGCAGCAGCAGCACCACAGCAACCAAUGGAAGUGUACUGUCCUGACGCGAAGACACUGCAGCACAGAGAACAACUGCGCCUCAUCUACCAGAAACAGCAGGAGAAAGGUGGCAUCAUAGAUCCCGAAGCGGAAAGAAACCGCUACUUUAUCAGCCUGCAAAAGCCCCUAGCUCCUUUUGAACAUGAACAUGCGGUCAUCUCAGAAGAUGUCACAAGUGCUGAGAAGCAGCUGGGCCCACUAGCAGCCUCAGAACAUACUCUGGGAACUGCAAAGGUUGCACCAGCAAGGAAUGAGUCUGAAAAAGUGAGGCCAUUUCCCCCUUUGCAUCACCAUGGCCAAAGAGAGAAGACUCGAGGGGGGAGGUCAUCUUCCCGAGGCCCCGGCCAGCAACUCCACUGCAACCCUUUGGAGGCACCGGCAGAAACUUGCUAUCGUUUCACUAGUGAGGAAGAAUCCAAAGCCUUUGGUUGGAGAUCCCACUGCAAGAAGGAAGGAGGAAACUGUGGAAGGUACAAUCAAAGCUUUCUGAAACCUUGUACAAGAGAACAAGUAUCAGCAUGCACUGAUAAGAAAGAGCUAUGUGCCAGAGGUACCUCACCAGCCAAAGAGGGAACUUCCUUUAGAGAGGAGAAAAUUGAUGUGCAGAGAUGGACACCAAAGCAAGAACCUGAAGCCCAAGGCAAAGAGGAUGGCCUAGAGGCUAGCCACCAUGAGGUCAGGAGAUCCGCCAGGUGGCAGGGUCAGCAUGCAGUGCAGGAUUGCAGGCGGUGGGGAAAGCCCAAAGGAAGAGAACACUGGUCUUAUUCUAGAAUGCCGAGAGGUCAAGGGUGGAUGAAGCCCAAAUCAGGUGGGGAUCCACAGGUCCAACAGACCGAAGGAGGCUCCUAG